GUUUCAUCUUCUUUCUCCCUCGGCUUGGUCCGAAGUACCUGUCGCUCUUCCGAAUUGAGGCGCAGGGGAGCUCUCUGCGUUUCGAGGGGAAGAACUCUCUGUCUCUCUCUCACUAGAUCUUGAAUUGCACGGUUUUCCGACGAAGGAACGAAGAUGUCGCACAACGAUACCAUCCCCCUUCAUCCCUCUUCCCAAUCGGACAUCGACGAGAUCGAGAACCUCAUCAACGAGAGCGUCCAGUCGGCCAGCCUCCACGGAUCCGUCCCUGUCGCCCCCGCCCGUCCCCCGAGCCCUCCCAGGGUGUCGAUCCCCGUCUCGUCGGCCCCCUUCAUCACAUCUUCCAUCCCGCCGUCGACCCAGAAGCCCGUGCCUCCCGUGCCACCCGUGGCACCGAGUUCGAACGCCAAUCAGAGGCAGAACAUUGCGGCGACCGCGUUCGGUUCAGCUCCCAACACGCUGACGGAACCUGUUUGGGACACGGUGAAGCGAGAUCUGUCUAGAAUCGUGAGCAAUUUGAAGUUGGUGGUCUUUCCGAAUCCUUUUCGCGAAGAUCCGGGCAAGGCGUUGAGGGAUUGGGAUCUUUGGGGCCCUUUCUUCUUCAUCAUAUUCCUCGGUCUCACGUUGUCGUGGUCAGCAUCUGUGAAGAAGUCUGAGGUUUUUGCGGUUGCUUUUGGGGUCCUUGCUGCUGGCGCCAUUAUUUUAACACUUAAUGUUCUUCUUCUGGGUGGGCAUAUCAUCUUUUUUCAAAGUUUGAGCCUUCUGGGGUAUUGCCUGUUCCCUCUCGAUGUUGGAGCUGUUCUUUGCAUGCUGAAAGACAAUGUGAUACUUAAAAUAAUUGUGGUGUCAAUAACACUGGCGUGGAGCUCAUGGGCAGCUUAUCCCUUUAUGAGUGCUGCUGUCUCGCCCAGAAGAAAGGCUCUUGCCCUCUAUCCGGUCUUCCUUAUGUACAUCUCUGUUGGUUUCCUUAUCAUUGCUAUAGACUAACAGGGGGUGCUUUUUUCAUCUUGCGAAGCUUGAUCAACAAUAUCCAGGAUGAUUUUUUCUGUAUCAGCUGUCGUAUGUAAUUCAUCCAGAGACACUUGAUCAGCUGAUUUUGUCUUCUUGCAUUUUGUUAUCUGGGUCACCACUUACAGUUGAGAUUGUGCAGUUUUGUUAUAUAGUCUGUAUCACCAGACUUCGGUUGUAUAGUUCAUUCACACAGUAAUUGUGGUAAAUACUGUUUGAACAGAUGUAGCCUACAAAGCAAGACUUCAAUUUGCUAAAUCAUGUGCUUUUUGCUUCU